AUGUCUGACACCGGUCGCAAGGAUUUCUCUACCAAGGCCAAGGAGGAGUUGACUCCUGACUUCGCCAAGUCCACCCAGCAGAAGGUCAAGGAGACCGUCACCGAUACCGCCGACCGCUUCGCUCGUGGUGCCCAACCCGAUGAGAGCAAGUCCGGCGUCCAGGAGACUUUCGACAAGGCCCAGCGCAGCUACGACAACGUUGUCAACGGCGGUGCCUCCAACACCAUUGGUGACAAGAUCAAGGACACCUUUGGCUGGAACAAAUAG